AUGCGCGUGGACCCGUGUUGCAAGAGAUGCGGCAUUGAUGUAGAGUCAACAGAUCACCUCCUUCAAGGGUGCGCCUUCGCCAAGGUCGUCCAGUUUGGCAGCAACUUAUUGUUCAUCGCCCCUUCCACAGAAGAACUAAGGCUCGCUUGUCUCCUCCAGAACUGGGACCAGAUGAACUUUCCAAACAAGAAAAGACGAAGCGAGGCGUUGACUCUUCUAUCCUUCAUCAUCUGGCAAUUAUGGCUCGCGAGAAAUGAGCUUGUUUUCAAGAAUAUUUGCUGGACGCCAGAAGAGACUAUCCACAGGGCUUAUAAAGCUUUUGAGGAGUUUUCAGCUGCUUUUAUAGAGACACUAGGUCGGAACUCCACUACUCCCCAUCUUAACCAUCCUUGGAAGCCCCCACCUCAAGGUGUUUUUAAGCUCAACUGCGACGCCUCUCUCCCAGCCAGCUCUACCAUCAGUGGCCUUGGAGCUAUCCUUAGAGAUUUCAGUGCCUCACCUAUGUGUGCUCUCUCUACUUCAGAGCAGUUCAGAGAUAUUUUCUUAGGGGAAGUAUUGGCGGUGCGUGCGGGUCUUCUCGCAGCUAUCGAAGUAGGUGUUUUGCAUCUGAUGAUUGAAGUGGAUAACUCUAGUCUUGCGUCCCUGCUUAUGGACAACACCAUCCCUACCCCAAGCUCUGCUGAUAAUGUAAUCAAGGAUAUUAGACACUUGAUGAACAGUUUGUCUGUAAUAUCUAUUACUUGGAUUCCUAGAUAA